AUGUUAAAAUUAAGUGCAGGAGAGAAUCCAUUACCAGACUUUGAAGAAGCAUUAAGAAUUAUUAAAAUUGAUGAUAAUAAAUAUGUUGGAGCUCAUCCUUUAAGAUUACCAGUAAUUGGAGGAAGAGGGGUUUAUGGAGGACAUAUGAUUGCCCAACUGUUAUUAGUUGGUAUUGAAUCAACAAAAAACCCAGAAACAGGAGAAUAUUUUAUACCUGAUGCUUAUCAUUCACAUUUUAUUAAUGCAGGAAAUUAUAGAACUCCUAUGGAAUAUAGAGUAACUAAAUUAUAUGAUGAUGGAUUAAUAAGUAAAAGAGCAAUAUUAGCUCAUCAAAGAGGUAAAAAUAGAAUUAAUUGUAUAAUAACAUUAAGAAAACAAGGUACUAAAACUCAACAUAAUUAUAAUGAAUCAAUAACGCCACCUACUUUAUCUAAAAAAUAUCCUAAUCCAAAUGAUCUUUAUCAAACUCAACAUACAGAUUUUGUAAGAAAUGCAUAUGAUGAUGAAUUUCUAGAUUUUAGAAAAACACCAGAAGAAAAGAAAUUAAAAUUUUCAGAUAGAUGGAUUACAUUAUUUACAGGAUUAAUCAAUAAAUUAGAACCAGGAGCUAAACCAAGUAUAAAGAGAGAGAAAUUUUAUGAUGCGAUAGAUCAACCACAUUAUAUCGAUAAACGAAUUAUAUUACCAGAAAAUACUCAAUCAAUGAAAAAUCAUAUGUAUAAUUAUGUUGGAUUAGCAGAUAUUUCAGAUUCUGCAUUUAUAACAACAUUAGCAAGAGUUUUACAUAUACCUUUUGCACCAGCUUUAGAAAGAGGUGAAGAAUAUGAUGAAGAAAGAGAUGCAACUCAUAUAAUAAAUUCUACAUUAAAUGCAAUGCAUUUAUUUCAUUAUAAUGCAAUGUCUUUAGAUCAUCAUAUAUAUUUUCAUAAUAAUGAAUAUGAUCCAAAAGAUGGUUCUGCAUUUGAUAUUUGUAAAGAUUGGUUAACUUUAACUUAUCAAAUGAAAAGAUUAAGUAAUAAUAGAUUGGUAUGUCGUGGGUUUUUAUUUAAUAAAAAUGACAAAUGUAUUGCAACAAUUGUACAAGAAGGUUUAACUAUAUUAUUUGAUGGUGUUGGUAGUACAGCAGAUCAGGCACAUUUAUAA